AUGGGAUCACAUCUCUCCCCCAUCAUCAGCGAGAUCUACAUGACAGAACUCGAAGACAAGGCCCUCCUCACCUCACCCUUCACACCAAUAUGCUGUUUCCGGAAAGAAGACGACACAGAAGGACCCCACCACCUUGCUUCAACGAGACCACAAAACCCUCAUAUCAGCACCAUCGCCCAGCCAGGCAAAAUAAUGAGUUAUGAUGUGGUUGAUCUAUUCACCAAUGUACCAAGAGACGAAGCCCUAGCCAUCAUUAGAAGAAAAGUUGAAGGCAUCCGCGCUAAACCUAAACACCCAUCUCACAGUAGAAAGCACCAUCCGCCUCAUCCAUUCCUGGAUGAUCAUCCUGCUGUCGGUGGCAACAUUCUCAUCAUCAUCUCAUACAUCCGUGACAAACAGCUUCAGACCGUCCACAACAUGUAUCUCCUCAACCUGGCAGUCACUGACCUUCUUCUGGGCAUGAUCAGCAUGCCUUUCUAUGCUGUCUACACCGUCACUGAAUGGCACUGGCCCUUUGGGCAAGGAUUCUGCAAGUUCUUCAUGUUUGUGGACUUUGCGCUCUGCCUGGAGUCUGUCCUGCUCAUCAUCGUCAUCAGCCUUGAUCGACUAAUCCUGGUCACCAAGGGUGCUGCCUAUGUGUCGGAGGAAACCUUCAAGGUCGGUUACAUCAAGGUGGGACUGUCCUGGGUGUUAGCCUUGUCCCUCUAUGGUCCUGCAAUCAUUGGCUGGGACUACUGGGUCGGAGAGUCAAUCGUAGAACCCGAAGAUUGUGAUGUUGAGUUUGCUCACAAUUUCAAAUUCACUCUCGUCACUUCACUGAUAGAAUUUUUUGUUCCGUUUUUGUCCAUAUCAGUUCUGAAUACUUUGAUAUACAUUAAGAUCAGAAAGAGAGCAAAAAUAUUUGCUAAAAAACCAAACACACUUGAUAUCCAUGCUACACCUGCAUCGUCAUCCAUGAAGUUAAACAAUCUGAAGGCAGCCAAAGCUCUGGCUGUUCUGGUGUUGGCUCUGGCAGUUUGCUGGGCUCCAUACACCAUCUCCACCAUCAUCAUUGCCUUCUGUGACAGUUGCAUCACCAGUGAUGUCUACGAGUUCCUCAACUGGCUGCUGUGGUUCAAGUCCUGCAUCAAUCCCUUCCUCUAUGCCUUGAACAGUGCUAGAUUUACACACAACAUCAAGAAACUACUGCAAUGCAACAGAAGAUGUUCAUAA